UUUACACAUAUACAAUCCACAGAAAUUGUUUUUGUUUUGAAAAACAAAAAAUUAUUGAAUAGAAAAAAAUGUAUGGCGGUGGUACAACAACGGCUGGCCUACAUGGUGGCCAAGUAGCCGGUAGUAUGAUGGAUCCAUUAACUGGUGGUCCGGUAGGUGGUGUCGGUCCACCCGUUGGUGGUAUAUCACAACAUGGUGGUUACGGAAGUGUUGUUGGCCCGGGUGGUAUGACCAGUACAGGUGCCCGUACCCGUUCAUUACGACGUUCAAUGGGUGAUGUUGCACCAUUUGGUGCUGGUGGUCCUGUUGGUGGUUCACCAUCAAAACCUGCCUAUGCAAUGAAUCAUUCAAUGUCACAACCACCAUCAGCACGUGGAUCGCCCAUCGGUUUUGGUUCACGUGGUCUAAUGUCACCUACAUCAAGACAUCGUAGUAGUGUUGGUAUGGGCGGUAAUACAGCUAGUGGUGGUCGUCUUCCAUAUGGUGUAUCAAGAUCACAUAAUAAUUCUCCAUUAACAUUACCGGCGGAACAUUUACCACAAUCAUUGAGUACCUCAUCAGCAUAUGGUCAUGGAUUUCCUGCCUAUUAUGAUGAUCCAGGAAGUCCAGGUAUGAUGGACGGUAUAAUGGGCGGUACAGGUGGUGGUCGUGCAAUGCAUCGUGGAAUGGCCAACAGUAGACGAGCACCAUUGCGAAGUUAUCAUUCAAUCGAACGUGAACCUGGUUAUCGUGAUCGGUCAUUUGAUCGUAUGGCUGGUGUCGAUACAGUACGGUCAAUACGCCAACGUGAUCGUUCAUUAGAUCGUGCCCUUUAUUCGCGUGAUGAUCCAUCGGCACCAUAUGGACGUGAUCCAUUAUUAUUAGAUGAUCCAAUUGGUUAUGGUAGAGAUCCAUUAAUGAAUCCAACUACCGGACGUACAGGUGGUCUUAUGCAUGGUAUUGGUGGUGGUGUUGGUGUUGGUCAAACUGGAAUCGGUGUUAUGCCUUAUGGACCAGCUGGUACUGGUCUACCACCUACUAGUGGACGUUUAUCGGCAACAAACGAUCAAUUUAUAAUGGAAUUACAAGCACGAUUAAAUGAUCUACAAAUACAAUAUAAUCAUGUUAAAAGAGAGCUAGAAGCAACAACACAAAAAUUAGCAUCAUGUAUGCAUAGUAUAAAAACAUUUUGGAGUCCAGAAUUAAAAAAAGAACGUGCCCUACGUAAAGAAGAAGCCGCCAAAUAUGCCUUGAUCAAUGAUCAGCUUAAAAUAUUACGAUCAGAAAAUCAGAAACAAGCUGCAUUGAUACGACAAUUGGAAGAAGAAUUACGGAUAGCUAAUAUGCGUAAUCCGGAUCAUGAUAUACAACAACAUUUGGACGCUAUUUAUAUGGAAAAAGAACACAUGUCCAAAGAAAUUUAUCUACUUCGUGAAACGAACAAGGAAUUGGAAUUACGUAUUGAAACACAGAAACAAACAUUAGCUGCACGUGAUGAAUCGAUAAAAAAAUUAAUGGACAUGAUGCAAGCAAAAGGUUAUAGUUCAAAAAUAAUGGAAGAAGAACGUAUUGAAUAUGAAAGAUUACGAACAAGAAAUAUUGAGCUUGAAACAAGACUUAGACAUUUGGAAAAUGUACUUGAAACAAAAGAAAAAGAAAUAUUAAAGAAUCAAGAAUUGAAAUUAGAAUUAUCGAAACGUGAUCAAGAAAUAUUGGCAUUAGGUGCCAAAAUGAAAACAUUGGAAGAACAACAUCAAGAUUAUCAACGACAUAUUGCCGUGUUGAAAGAAUCAUUGAUUGCUAAAGAAGAACAUUAUAGUAUGCUACAGGCUGAUGUGGAAGAAUUACGUUCACGAUUAGAGGAAAAGAAUAAAUUGAUUGAAAAGAAAACACAUCAAACAAUGAUGACAUCACAGGAUCGUAAACAAAUGAAUCAAGAAAUACAAGAACUAAGAGAUCAUAUUGAAAUUAAAGAUCGUAAAAUAAAUGUUCUACAGCGAAAGGUUUGUGAUUUGUGAAUGAAUCAAUGAAUGUUUCAAUGGCAUUUUGUUUCUAUUUCAUAGAUUGAAAAUCUCGAAGAAUUAUUGAAAGAAAAAGACAAUCAAAUCGAUAUUUGUCGUGCAAGAUUGAAUGCAAUCCAAGCACAUCAUUCAACAUCGGAAGGUGCAUUGACCAGCCUAGAGGAUGCUAUUAGCGAUAAAGAUAAACAGAUAUCUAAUCUAAGAGAACAACGUGAUCGUGCCGAACAAGAACGUAAUGAAGAAAGAGAUAUACAUGAACGACAGAUUGCUGAAUUUAAAAUGAAAUUUCAUUCAGUGGAAAAUGAUUUGGAAAAAUUACAGAUUCGUUUGGAAAAAAGUCUUUCGGAAAAAGAUCGUGUUGAAGUAAAAUUAGAAAAUUCACAAUCCGAAUUGGGUAAAUGUAAAGCUGAAUUAGAUAAAUUACAAUCAGAAUCAUGGCGUAUGCAAACAGAAAUGGAUCGUUUGAAAAGUGAAAAUGCACGUUUCAUACUAGAAAAUGAUCGUUGUCGUGAACAAUUGGAACGAUUGAAAGAACAUGCAACAACUGGACCAACUGGUGGUGGUCCAGGUACCGCCAGCACAGCAACCGGUACAACAACCGGACAUUGGGAACGUGAUUCAUCACGAUUCACUGAAACACGUGAAUGGGAUCGUGAACGUGAAUUAGCAACCGGUUCGAAAACAAGUGGUUAUUUUAGUUCAACAUCAUUAAAAUCUGCAGAAGAAAUUGAACGUUUGAAUGAAAAAUUGGAAAAAACACAACAAGAAUUACGCCGUGCACAGGCUGAAUUACGUAUGAAUCAAUCGGAUCAGGAUCGUGCACGUGCUGAAUUGGAACAACAACAAGAAAAAUUAGAACGAUCACAAGGUGAAAUAUAUCGUUUGAAAGCAAAGCUAGAGAAUGCAUUAACAGAAAAAGAGAAUCUACAAGAAGAAUACGAACGUGUACAAUCAACAGUGACACGUGCACAGAUAGAAAAAGAAUCAGCAUUGGGGGACGUAGAGAAAUCUCGUCAAGAAGUCGAAAGGUUACAUUCGCAAUUAGUUAAAGAACAAAUGAAAGCGGAAAAAGCACAGAUUGCCUUGGAUAAAGUUCAAGUAGAUUUUGAUCAUUUACAUGAAAAAUUUGAAAAAAUUCAAACAGAAUUACGUAAAGUACAGCCAGAAAAGGAAAGAUAUCAAGCUGAAAUUGACCAACUACAGCAACAGAUACAACAACAACGUGAACAAAUGCAACGAUUUCAAUUGGAACGUGAACAAGCAAUGAUGGAGGUGGACAAAUCAAAAGAACGUUUUGAACGUCAACAACAACAGAUGCGUAAUUAUCAAAAGGAAAAAGAAAUGUUACAACAAGAAUUGGAACGUAUGAAAGAACGGCUUGAACAACAGCGGCUACAAAUGGCUAAAAUACAUAAAGAAAAAGAAAAUUAUCAAGCUGAUGUUGAAGUGCUUCGUGAACGAUAUGAAAAAGCACAGAAAAUGAUUGAUAAAAAUAAACAUGAACAUGAACAACGUGAUUCUGAAAUUCGAACCAUGAGAGAAAAAAUGGAAAAAAUGUCAUUACAAAUGCAAAAACUACAAGAAGAUCGUGAAAUUGUUCGUGUAGAAAAUGAAGUUUUACUUGAAAAAAUUGAUCGUACACAAGCAGAAUUUGUUAAAAUGCAAGCAAAAAUGGAUCAAAAUCAAACUGAAAUGGAACGAUUACAGAUUGAAUUGGAAAAAGCACAAACAAUAGCAACAAAAGCUAAAGAAGAUCAGAAACGUGCACAAGAAGAAUUUGAAGGCUUACAGGAUAUUUAUGCACGUACCAAUUCAAAAUUGAUUAAAUGUAAAGAUUCGGAAGAAAAAUUACGUACCGAAUUAGAAAAAGCAUUAAUGGACUGUGAAGUAUUGCGAGAACGAUAUGAAAAAGCACAAAGUGAUAUACGGCGAUUACAAAUGGAAAAAGAUAAAUAUCAAACCGAUUGUGAUCGUAUGGCACAUGAAUUAGAACGUAUUCAUAAUCAACGUGCAUCAACAAUGUCGACACAUGAAAAAACUCAGGAAGAAAUACAACGAUUACAUAUCGAAUUGGAAAAAAUGUAUGAAAAAUCGGAAAAAUCCAUUGCCGAAUUGCGUAAAGUACAAACGGAAAAAGAAAGAGUAAUUAUGGAAAAAGAAACAUUACAGGCUGAAUUAGAACGUGUACAAUCACAAGUGGUUAAAUAUCAGAAUACAUCGGAUAAAACACAUUUAGAAUUGGAACGUGCACGUAUUGAAUUAGAAAAAUAUAAAGAUCGUUUUGAAAAGAUUAAAAUAGAUUUUGAUCGUUGUGCAGCGGAAAAAGAACGUUUCUUUAAAGAAUCACAACGUUUACAGACUGAUGUGGAAAGAUAUCGUAUGGAACGAAUGUCUAGCCAACAGCUUGAAGCACAGGCAAUGGAAAUUAAAGCAUUGUAUGUUGAAUUGGAAAAAACACGUGAACGAUAUGAAAAUGCACGUACAGAAUUGCAACGGCUACAAGAAUUACGUCAACAACAAGAAUUAGAUGUUGAAGCAUUGAAACGUGAAUUAGAUGCAUCAAGAAUGCGUUUAGAACGUAACAAAACAUCGGAAGAAAAACAAAAAGCUGAAAUUGAAAAAGCAAUGAUUGAAUUUGAAAAGAUUCGUGAUAAAAUGGAAAGAAAUCAGAUUGAAUUGCAAAAAAUAACUAAAGAACGUGAUCAAUUAGUUGUGGAAUUGAAACAAAUGCAAAUGCGGCUACAGAAACAGGAUUCUGUUUCUGGUUCCAAACAACAACAACUACCGCAACAACAAGGUCCAAUUGUUGCACAACAAGCUGAGAAACAGAAAUCACAACAAGAAUUACAACAACAAUUGCAACAACAACGUGAAGAAUUACAGCAAAAAUUCCAAGGUGAAAUUGGAAAACUUAAACAACAUUUAACCAAAGCUGAAACUGAUCUACAGAAAACGCAUGGUGAAAAUCAACGAUUACAAAUGGAAAUUGAAAGCCUUAAACAAGAUACUGGUGAAUUGCAUACAUUCAUUGAAAAAUUGCAACAAGCGUUAACGGAAAAGGAAAAAUCAUUACAACAAGCUCAACAACAGCAGCAAGGACCACAACCUCAACAACAACAGAUUCAACAACAACAAAAAAUAAUCGAACAACAACAGCAAAAAGUUCAACAAUUACAAGAUGAAAUGAAAAAAAUGAUGAAAAAAUUAGAUCAAUCUGAUCAAGAGAUGAAAAAAUGUCUAGAUGAACGUGAUCGUUUACGUUAUGAACUGGAUGAAUUGUCUGCUGUAUAUGAAAAAGUUGUCAAAUCACAACAGGAACAAUCAGCAAUAUUAAUACAACAAGCAUCACAAGCAAAACAACAAACUGGAACGCCAGGUAUGCCUAUUCAACAAUUACAACAACAACAACAACAACAACAACAAACAAAUGAAAAAAUGGCACAACAAGAACAAAUGAUACAACGUUUACAAGCAGAAGUGAUAAAAUUAGAAAAACAAUUAAAACAAUGUGAAACAGAGAAUAAAGAAUUGAAACAAAAAUUGGAAAAAUCAUUGGCAGCAAUACAUAAAUUACAGGAACAAUUACAUGAAUCUAAACAACAACAACAACAACAUCAACAACAACAACAACAACAACAGCAUUAGCUCAAGCAUCAGCAGCUGGUGCACCAGCAAUAAAUCAACAAAAUCAACAACAGAUUG